AGGCGCAUAGGGGGAGGAGCCGCUGUGAAAUGGAGAAGAGGGAAGGAAGUCCCUGUGGAUUCAAAAAGGAGACGGUGAACAAACUGCUCCAGCACCACUUCAAAGAUGAGAAAACACAAGUCAGUGAUGAUGCUUUGUUGCUGGUGGCGGAACUGCUCAAAGUGUUUGUUCGCGAGGCCGCAGCACGAGGAGCACGGCAGGCCCAGGCAGAGGACCUGACCAGGGUAGAUGUGGAACAUGUGGAAAAAGUGCUGCCCCAGCUGCUUCUGGACUUCUAGAGAGCACAGACCGUAGAGCCAGUGUUCCUGUUAGCACCCAAAUAUCGUCUGGAUUCUGGACGAAGCGGAUGACGGACUCGUUUUUUUUUUAAACAUGCAACCUGUUGUGAAAAGACUUUGCUGGAGGAUAUAGUCUUGGCUGCUCUCCUUCCCUCUUUCAAAGCUGCUGCUGUCUGCUUGUCUUUUUCCUGGGUACGCAAUAAUGGUUUAAGUGUUGCUUGAAAGGGCUUAGAGUCCGUCUGUCUUUAUGCAACGGAAGGCCUGGAGCAGAGGGCACCUGGCCCAUCCUGUCGCUUCCCAUUCACAGCCAGGCCGUGUCUACACUUUCUUUUCCGAUGGGAAAAACAGGUGCCUUUCUGUAGGGAUGUGUGGAAAGAGUGAAUACGCCUGGAAGACUUCCCCACACUGUGGGCUCUCAUCACCUCAGCAGGCUUCUAAAGGCCAGCUCCAGGCCUGUCUGCCGUCUGAGCUCUUAAACAGGAGCUAGCCCCAUGUCUAUGCCAACAGCAGGUACCUGAUCUUUAUUUUAUAAAUAAACAGUGCCUGUCCCUCAGUCCUUUCCAGCAUUCCACUGGGGCCAUGACAUCAAAGAGGGCUUGGAACCUUUUAACCAUUUGAUAUUCCUCUCAGAAGCUGCUUCCCUCUGCUAUAAAUUUGUUCUCACAAAGAAACUUCAAUAAAUCAAAAAUAGUCUCCCUCC